AAAAUAUUCCAGGGAACUUCCUUAAUAAGAAACUGCCUUAUUGCUAUAAAUAGCCACACUUAAUUUGCCUCAUUAAGCUAAAAUAAGCAAAGAUGGUGCAUUUAGAAUUUCAAGAUUUGCUGCCAAUAAUGGCGAGAAAGCUAGGCGGAGAUGGACUGAUCAACGAGCUAUGCAAAGGGUAUCGGAUGUUAAUGGAUGGUGAAAAGGGAGUGAUCACAAUUGACAGCCUAAAGAAGAACUCUCUGCUGAUGGGGUUGCAAGGUUUCACUGAAGAAGAGUUGAAGAACAUGAUUAGAGAAGGAGAUAUGGAUGGUGAUGGAGCACUUGAUCAGAUUGAAUUUUGCAUUUUGAUGUUUAGAUUGAGUCCUGACUUGUUACAUGUAGCUCAAGAAGUGAUACACAAAGCUAAACAACAACAAAAUACUGUCCACCUUUAAGUGAUACUGCACUACUCCUGUAUAUUUACUCAUCUUGAAAUUGCUAAUUCAAACGUAAUGUCACACUUGAUUUGUCAA